AUUAAACCUUUAUUUGAACAAAUAAAAACCCGUUGAGAUCAAGACGUCUUUCACAAAGGUGACCUGACCAAGACAGACAGCAGCACGACAGACAGGACAAGUGAACACAAAAAAACAAAAUUAUAAGCAUCCAAAGUACAUCUUUCUUCAGUGUAAUGUUGACUAAAUUACAAAAAGUUCAAGAGUUUCAGAAAUCUCUGAAAACUGAAAGCAAGCGGCACCAUCAUUAUGAAAGCAGUGGCACACCGUGGUUCACCACUGGCUCACAUUUAUUGUGGUUUAGUUGUAGAUAAAAAGUGGAAAGCAGCGUAAGGGAUGAAGGCAUUUUGACUUCACCCAGAGUGGAAGGUGAGAACAUCAAGAAGACGUCGACACAACCAGAGCAACAGAGACUUCAAACUCUUCAGACAAAAUGCCAACAUUGGGUGCAGAGUCCGCCACAAGGCUCUUGAAACUGGUGCAACAUGCUGUCAGCAUGUUCCUGCUGGUUGUCCUCUUCUCCAUCCUGCAGUAUGUAUUUGACAUGCACUUCGUUUGCUCCUGCAGGCCUGGUUUCCAUGCCAGCGGUUUCUUAUACUUGGUUUUGCCUCCCUUGAUCCUGACUUUUGUCGUCAACAUUGUUGAGCCUUUUUACCGCCGAAAACCUUUUUCCAGUCAACGAGUCUUCAGAUGCUAUUGCCCAAGUAGCUGUUGCGGGCACUACUUCGUAAAAUUGAUCAUAAGGUUCACCAGUCUCACAGCUCUCUGGAUUUCUCUGGUUUUCUUUGAUGGAGACUGGUACUUCUGCCUGAGGACAAACCUCAACUCAACUCAGACUGGAAUGCCUUGCAAAACAAAUCUGACCUACGAAGAGGAACGGACCCGGGACUACUACAAGACCAUGUCACUUGACAUUGGCCUUGGCCUGUGCUGCAGUUUUCUGUUUCUCUGGAGCAUCUCAGAAGUUUGGAGAGCCUGGAAACCAGGGUACAGAUGUGGAGCUCCCUACUACAGCGUGGUGUAUGACAACCUGCUGGCAGAGGAAGUCGGCAACCAUUUGAAUGAGGAGCUACAAAAAAUGGCAAAAGAGAAAGCAGAAAAACUCUGUGAGAACUACAUUAAAAGUAUCAGGCACCAUGAGCAUCUAGAAAAUGGUGAAAAUGUCUUUGAAAUUUCUGAAGUCUGGGGAAAUGUCUCAGCAUCGUCCUUUUACAUGACAGAAGUUGAAAGAGAAAAAACUGGAGAAAACAACCAUGAACAAGAACAAACAGAAUAGACGCCAUCUUUCUUUAGCAACACUAUGUAACAUGAAGGACAGGACUGCUCUAUGAUUCUGUUAUUUUCACUGUAACUGUUAUUCUUUUUUCAUUAAAAUGUCCUAAUGUCAUUUCCACGAG